GCACUGCAGAGAGCAGGCCGGCGCGAUCGCUCGCACGCGCUCACUCAGCACAUCCGCCGCGUUAGCCGCGCUUUCCGUUCGGCCGCCUGCGUGCCGUCUGCGUGCCGUCUGCGUGCCGUCUGCGUCCCGUCCGCGUCCCGUCCGCGUCCCGUCCGCGCGCAACCCCGCUCGAGUGCCGGACGCGCGCGAGGCGGACCCGCCAGUGCGCGAAUGACAGUGUGUACGGCGGCAGUGACUCGGCCCGGCGAGGAGCGCCGGCGACGACGGGACUAUCGCAGAGAGCAGACAGUCGCUGAGGAUGUGCGCGCCGAGACAAUGAGCCGCGAGUGAACUGGCCAGUCGACAGCCUCCGCGAGUACUCCCGUUCUUCUUCAAAGUGUGUCCCCGAAAGCCUCGAAAAUUCACCCUCUCACCAAGCUCUACCCGUGGUUCAGGGCCCAGCAGCAGCAGCAGCAGCAGCAGCUUCACUCGGGAGAGCCGCAGCAGCAGCUACAGCUACAGCGCCAGGCCAUGGAUCACGGAGCGAUGCACGACAGCUCGUCGGAGCACAGCAGCCGCGCGAGUCCCGGCGGCGGCGGCGCGGGCGGCGGCGGCGGCGGCGCGAGCCCCAAGCACCCGAGCAGCUCGCCGCAGACGCACCCGUCGCUGGGCCACCGGCCGACGCCCGGCUCGCCGAGUCGCGGCUCGCCGCCGCAGUCGCUGGCCCUGUCGCCGCCCCCGCUGGGCGGCGGCGGCGCGCCGGCCGGCAUGGUGCCGCGGAUGCCCGGCUUGCCGCCGCCCGGGCUCGGGCUGCUCGGUCAGCUGGGCGGCAUGCUGGGCGCCCACCACGGCUCGCCGCUCGAACUGAUGGCCGCGCACCACGCGGUCAUGCCCCCGCGGAACUACAGCAGUCCGCCGCCCAUAAGCACCAGCGAUCCCACGGCCAACGAGUGCAAGCUCGUCGAGUACCGCGGGCACAAGGUCGCCGCCUUCAUCAUCAGCGGCGACACGAUGCUCUGCUUGCCGCAGGCCUUCGAGCUGUUCCUCAAGCAUCUCGUCGGCGGCCUGCACACCGUCUACACCAAGUUGAAGAGGCUCGACAUCGUGCCGCUGGUCUGCAACGUCGAGCAGGUCCGGAUUCUGCGCGGACUCGGCGCCAUCCAGCCGGGCGUCAACAGAUGCAAGCUGCUCAGCUGCAAGGACUUCGACAUACUCUACAGGGACUGCACCACCGCCAGCUCUAGGCCUGGGAGACCACCGAAGCGCGCCUCCGUCAGCCUGAAUCUCGCCGCUAGUCAUUUGGCCGCGCAAGCCGGCCACCACGCGCACCAGCUCAAGAAGCACCGUCUCGACAAUGGCGAUUACUACGAGAACGGACAUCUUGAAAGGGACCUAAAUCAGCUAGCUUAUCGAUUUGGUUUAGAGGUGCCGCGACUGGAGAAAUCGCCGCUGUUGGCAAACGGCUACAAUCAUCCGCCGACGCAUCUCUCGCACAUGCAGUUCAUGCAGCUCGGCGGCCACCCAGGCGCCGGUCACACGGCCAUACUAUCGCCGGCGAGUCUGCCGCAUCACCUACAGGCCCAGGCACAAGCCCAGGCGAGAGCAGCCGAGCAAGGACUCAAGGUCAACCAUAACAUGUCCAACAUGGAGGCGUUCGCGAGAACUGGUGCGGUGUGGGACAAUUGCCGAGCAGCCUACGAGGACAUCGUGAAACAACUCGAAAGAUUACGAGACGAGCGGGGCGAAAACGAAAGGGCACUUGCGUUGGAUCACAAGCAGAGGGAUCAUAGCUCGCACAAUGGCUCUUCAAAUGGUCACAGUCCAGUAUUGAAUUUGUCAAAGACGGCAGGCAGUGGUAGCGUCGGCGAGCACUCCGGAAGCGAGGCUGGCGCGUCGCAUCAUUCGCAAGACGACGAGGAAGAGAUUAUGGACAAUCUAUCCGAGGAUCUCGAGGACGAUCACGAGAAGGAUGAAGAAAUGUCGGACGUGCCGGAGAACUUGCCGCUGGCGGCGCCCGGACCGGACAGCCCGCAGGCUCUCAACUACUCGCAGAUCGCCUCCGCCGCGGCGGCGGUGGCAGUUUCACAGACGAGCUCCGGCAACGGAGUCGGCGGCGGUGGCGGCGGCGGCGGCGGCGGCGGCGGUGGCAGCAAUGGUACGGGUGGCGCUGUCACCCCGGAUCCGGCCUCGGUCUCCAGUACCGAGACCCUGCUGAGGAAUAUUCAGGGUUUGCUGAAGGUCGCCGCCGACAACGCGCGCCAGCAGGAGAAGCAAAUCAACUACGAGAAAGCCGAACUUCAAAUGGACGUGCUGAGGGAGCGACAGGUCAAGGACAAUCUUGAACGUCAGUUGCAGGACGAACAGAAAAUCCGAGUUGUCUAUCAGAAGCGCUUGAAGAAGGAGCGGCGAGUCAGGAAGCAGAUACAGGACCAGCUGGAUUUGGAGAUGAAGCGACGCACGCAGUUGGAGGAGGCGCUGAAAGCUACGGGAGCUACGCCCGAACAAAUCAGAGCGAUCACAGAAAGUAUAACAGUAGAAGCGUCACGAACGAAUGCCGAUCCAGUAGAAGACUCGCCGCCGCACCCAUCGCAACAAUCAGGCUCGCAGUCAUCGAACUCGACUCCCUCGGCCCAUCAGCAGCAACAACAGCAACAGCAGCAAAAACCACAACAGCAGCGGCAAUCGCAAGAACCAACGAGCGGACAAUACAGAGAAGCGUCGCAAUCCGCUGGUGGUCGUUCGUCGUCAUCUUCAUCGUCGCAGCAGCAGCAGCAGCAGCAGCAACAGCAGCAGCAUCAGCAGCAGCAGCAUUCGCAACAGGCAACGCCGCAGCAGCAGCAGCAGCAGCAGCAACCACAGACGCCUGAAAAACCUGGCUGGGGAUACAGCGGACUCGACCUCAUCGGUAGCCAGGCUUCAGCUUUCUGGCAGAACUAUCAAGAAUCCUUGGCGGAAUUCGAAAUGGAAAGAAAAACGCGUCAGCAUCAAACGACUGAUAGGGACCAGGUCAAGUCUCCACUCCAAGAAUCGCGAGCAGGCUACUACAAGAAUUCAGUCCUCUUUACCAGUGCAACCUAGAAAAGAUCGCGAUCACCCGAGGCGCGAUAAACGCCGCAUCGUUUUUCAUUCAGCUGCCAGCGAGUUGUGCGCAAAAAAUUUAUUGCGUGAUCAAGAAAGAAACGGUUCUCGACGUAAAGGGUGACUAGUGGAGAUUCUGUGUAUAGGAUGACAUAUCAUCGACGUAUGUCUUUGGUCUUACUAAAUUAGAAACAAUGAUGUAAUAAAAGAGAGGGAGAGAGAGAGAGAGAGAGAGAGAGAGAGAGAGAGAGAGAGAGAAACGGCAUUUAUUAGACUGCAUCUUCUUACGUAUACAUAUAUCGCAAGAAUACAAGUGAGAAUCCACGAUACUACGACAAAUUCAUGAGUGUAAGUGGAGAUAUUAUAAAUACGUAUAUAAAUAAAGAAAUCUAGAGGAGUGUGCGAGAGAAGGAUAGACACCGCGAAGGUAUGUAAGGUGUAGAACGUGAGAAAUGUGAGCGUCGAUUGUGCGUGCGCGAGAGCAAAAGCGCGAUAUGAAACAAUACAUUAAACGUGAGAAACCGAAUGAGAGAGCAAGAGAGAGGAAGAGAGAGGGGGCAUCAGAGAGAUAUUUAUAAAGACUGCUGCAUCGAGAGUGUGCGUGUAGGAUAGACGCUGUGUAUUAAUUCACAAAAAAUGUGCAAGGAGCAACAGCAAAAAACACAUUAUUAUCGAUUCAAAUCGACCAUAUCGUCUAUAAAACGGUCGAGGCAAGAAUAGUUAGUCCAUUAUAGCUCGUAAGGCAUAUAAAUAAAUCUACAAGACUCGGCUCGUUCGCUCUUUUCAAUUUCUUCGUUUCGUCUCUAUCUUCUUCAUUGUCAUCUUUCAUAUUAAUAUUAUUAUCGUCUUCAUCGUUAUCAUCAUCAUCAUUAUGUAUUUUUUUGCGAAAAAAAAACAAAAACAAAAACGAGCGAAUAACGAGCGAACGAGACGCGUGAUCGAGAAAUAUAUAAAAUAUGAAAAAAAAAAUGAAGUAUGAAGUAAAUGCGUCCUUGACUCGAGUCAAUGAGCGUCGGAAAAUCAUCUAUCUUCCCGCGAGUCUUAAUGAAGGACGACCGCUACACAAACUUUUAUAUAGAUUAGCGUGUGAUUUUUUAAAGGAAACCGCGAUGGCCGAACUAUAUAAAUUAUAUAUUAUACAUAAACGUAGCGAGAGACAGGAGAAUAUGAGAGAGAAGUCGCGAGCGAAACAAAUGAGUCUUUCCGAUAUAGAGAAUUGAAUUUGCUCGCUCGGGAAAAAAAAUUUUUUUCGCGAAGAAAAUUGUGUAUUAUAUAAGUAAGCUGGGGUAGAUAACGACGGUCACAGGCGAGGAAUGCUGACGAACGGGAGGACGGUCACGAUUUGGAAUUUUCCUAGUGCGUUUUUAAGCUAACGAUCUAUUUAUAAAUAAAUAAAAACAAACAAAAAAUGACAAAAUAAUCGAGUUAUUCACGAAGAGUAAGUUUAAUCUAUUUACGUGUGACACCUAAUGCGCCUGUCAUUCGCCUCGAUCGGCGGCAACUUUUUCCUCAACCGAUUCAAAGUGUGUAUCAUAAUAUAGAUUGAAACAUCCGAUGACUUUUCAAUUCCAAGUUUUAUUUGCGGGUUUCGAUGAUUGUAAUGCACAGAGUUGAGGCGCGGCAGAUUCGCUAACACUUUGACCAAGGAUAAAGCAUCAGGUCGAUCGACGCGAGGCGUCGAAGCUUAAUCUCUAAGAUCCGUGUACAAAGUCUUUUUAGUCGUAAGGAGAUAAGGCAUACUUGUGUUGUAAAGUUCACAUAAUCAUAGCGUAUGUCUACGUAUCGGCUAAGCCCGGCUAGAGCAACAAAAAAAGGUUAUUCAGUAGAAAAACGAAAAUUUAAUCACCGAUAGCUCAUCCGUAUUUGCCAUCGCCAUUUCUCACUCACACAUUCACCACGUACGCGCAUAGACACACCUAAUCUUGUAUUCGCAUAAGCUGAGAAAACGAAACGGUCGAGAACAAUUAUCCAAUCGCAUAACUCCUUUUUUUCUCCACUUUGCAGACACACCGACAGUACAUAAUGCAACUGAUUGUGAGUAAGAACCAGCAAAUCGAGUUCGUCAAAGGCGCGACGCUCGUCCGAGUAUUAUUAAGUCGUCGGUCGCCGGCAAUCGGCAGUCUUCUUUUGCACGAUACAUCAUUCGAGGGCGAGGGCAAUUCGAAUAGAUACGCGUGCCUGCGUGUGUGUGUGCGAUUGAGAAUUUAUAUAGCGAAAAGUCGACGCGAGCUCGUUUUGCUCAAUGUGUAAUUAGUGUGAUGCGAGUGCAAUUUUUUCAAUAUGUAUUAUAAACAUGAGCGUCGAAGACCACGGCGAUUGUCGGCGAGCAAUAAAAACAAAUAAAGAUUUCCUUCUUUCACCAUUUCAACGCCAUCUAGCGUCAAAACGAUCAUCAAAUCUACUCAUGUAAUUCAGCAUAUUACUAUCUAUGAAUA